UGGUAAGCAGAUCGGUUUGUGAUCUGAACAUUAGUGUUGUAAUCAGGAGACAAAUGGUUAUAUAAAAAAUUAAAAAAAAAAAAAAAAAAAAAAAGAAGAAGAUGAGAUCUAUUAUUAUAGACUGGCUUGUAGACGUUCAUCUCAAGUUUGAUCUGUCCCCUGAGACUCUUUACCUCACCGUCAACAUCAUCAAUCGUUUCCUAUCACUGAAGCCUCUUCCGAGAAGAGAACUACAGCUUCUAGGCGUCAGUGCCCUGCUCGUAGCUUCCAAAUACGAGGAGAUAUGGCCUCCUCAGGUCAAUGAUUUGGUGUACGUCACAGGCUACACGUACGACGAGAAGCAGAUUCUAGUGAUGGAGAAAACAAUCUUGGGAAACUUGGAAUGGUACUUGACAGUUCCGACACAGUACGUGUUCCUCGCAAGGUUCAUCAAAUCUGCGGGUCCUGACCGGGUGAUGGAGAACAUGGUUCACUUCUUAGCUGAGUUGGGUUUGAUGGAUUACGACGCUUUAAACUUCAGCCCUUCUUUGUUGGCUGCUUCGGCAGUCUUCACAGCGAGAUGCUUCUUGAACGAGACACCUGCUUGGACUGAUACACUGAAGUUCCACACCGGCUACUCUGGACACCAUCCCAUGGAAUGCUCAGAGGUUUUAGUUAUAACUCACUCGAGAGUUGGGGAGGAGGGGAAGGCUACGAGCUGUGUUCAACAAGUAUUCAGAACCUGA